AUGAAUGGUUUGAAAGGUGUUCCGAUACGUGGGUUUCUAUUGGAUAUAAACGGCGUUUUAUACAAUACUACAAAAGACGGUCGUGGACAAGCUAUCCGAGGAUCAGCUGAAGCUGUGAAACGGUUAUAUGCGGAAAGUAAAGUGAAGUUCCUCAGUAACGAAAGUUGUGUAACGCCGGCGCGACUUGCACUUCGACUUUCGAAGCUAGGUAUUCCAGUUGAUCCUCGUAAUGUUUUUACACCACUGUCUGCGGCUGUAUCAUUUUUAAAGGAACACAAGUUGCGACCACAUCUGUUGGUCCAUGAGAAUGUGGAGGAAGAGUUUGCCGAAUUCCAGUCCUCCGACCCGAACUGUGUUCUCCUUGGAGAUGCAGAGGAUAGAUUUACUUUUGAGAACCUAAACAGUGCAUUUCGAGUUCUUCUAAAACAUCCCAUGAUCAUCGUUUUGGGAUUUGGAAAAUUUUAUCGUCGUGCUGAUGGGCAUGUGAUGGACGCAGGUUGUUAUGCAAAGGCGCUGCAGUAUGCUUCAGACGCUCGAAUUAAAAUUAUUGGGAAGCCUUGCAAGUCAUUUUUUGAACAAGGGUUAAGGGAAUUAAAUAUGAAAAAGGAAGAGGUGGUCAUGGUGGGAGAUGAUAUUCUUAGUGAUGUUGGCGCAGCACAGGCGAUAGGCAUAAGAGGAGUCCUGGUUCGAACUGGAAAGUGGAGAGAAGAAAGAAAGAAAGGAGGAUGGAAACUUUGA